GGGUGUUAGUUCAGUGCCGGUGAGUAAAUGACUUCUUGAACUAUCGAGAAAAUGGCAAUGCCAUGGCUAUGUAUACUUAGAGGAGUUGGUCUCGAGACCACGUGUCUUCGUAAACAAACAAAGGAACUGGGGCAGAAACUCAGCUGAUAGGGCAAGACAUUUCACGUCCAGUGCGCGUUCACAUCAUGUGACUCAUUCACUAAUUAGUGAGCAGUUUUCCCUACCACUUAUCACCAAUAUUUUGUCUUUGAAAAGCCUAAUAAACAACUGCUGAUAGUUAAAGCAGUGCUUGCUACUGGUGUUGGCCUUUAUUUAUGGCUGAAGUGGGGAGCACGCCAUCGGAAAGCCAAGUAAAGUGCCUGGAGCUUUAUUUCGUUUUUGUGUAAAGUUUUAAUACUUGUGUCGUUGAGGUCACGGAACCCUGUCUGGUAAGGAGUUAUUGAACAGUCCUGAAUGUUGUCAGUCCAGCAGCUGUAGCCAGGAAGGAGCGCGCUAUUCAAACGAGUUAGUGUUGUCGUUGGAGAGGCCGAUCCGCUUUGAGAAGUCAUUGUUUGACUCUGUGUAUAAUGUCAGAAAUAUAAUUUACAUGUUAAAAGUUCAGGUUGAGUUGUUAAUGUGGCUAUUUGUCUACUGUGGAUAUAUGGCCUUUACCAAGGAAACCUAGAGUUAGUCAUGUGACGUCUGUCGAUACUGCUGCAGCUGAUCUAGCGAUAGUGAUGGAGACUACACAUUUACAUUAAGAGUCUAAACGAAAUCAGCGGUAGUGUGGACGACUAACGUUAACUUUUAAGGGAGAACUACGUUAAACAAGAAGAAAAUGUCGCUAAAUUGUACAGCGGCGUUGCUUCCGCACCAGAAAAAGAAACCGACUAUGGCUGUACAGCCCCGACAGAAGAAAUCCUUGACCAAUGGAGUGGACCCUGCGAUCGUAACUACGUACUCCUACACCUUCAUGGAAAACAACAACCGCAGACCGUCCAGACCAGUGAUGGCCUCCGGACCACCAAACUACAAAGUGAUUCUGUGUGGGGAAUACGGAGUAGGAAAGAGUUCUAUAUUCCGGAGGUUCAUGAAUGACACAUUCACAACAGAAACAGGAAAGAAGUCCACUGUUGGGCUGGAUCAGAGUAGCCAGUUAUUCAAUAUCAAUGGAAUGGAUGUGAAAAUGUCAUUGUGGGAUACUGGUGGUAUGGAGAGAAUGAGUUUCAUUGGUUCCAGUUAUUACCGUGGGGCAAAUGCUGCCCUGUUGUGUUAUAGUGUGCUCAAUAGAGACACCUUUACCAUCCUGUCACAGUACAUCUUAGACAUUGUCAUGAAUGCAGAGGGAGCCAAAAUAUUCUUGUGUGGAAAUAUGGCAGACUGCGAUGGAGAGGACAAAGUCACGGAGGCCGACAUUGAAAACUUUAUUCGUGAAUGUGGUGAUGUGCUGUCGGGUGUAUAUUCCAUAUCCUGUAAGGAAAAUGAAGGAGUUUAUGACAUGUUCAAAGACAUGGCUCGUGUGCUGCAUGAGGAAGCCAUGGGCCGCAUGACAUUACGAAAGGAGUUACAUGUGAUCAGACCAGGGGAAACACCGGAGGAAACGAAUCAUCACAAGAAAAAAUGUUGUAGCUCUUGAUAGGGGUGUCUUAAUCAUAUCAUACAAAUUUACGUAAAGGAGAUAUAUUUCAUACAGGCUAAUUGUGCCUUUGUGUAAUCGAUCAGGACUCCGAGUGCCUUUCAGUGUAGGUGUGGAUAUUAACAACACCAGCUGCCUAAUGUCUAUAUACUGCAGCUAAUUUUACAUAUGAGGAUCAACUUUAAAGUGAAGUAUUCAUCACAUAUCUUCUUGAAAAACCACUUGGUUAAUUAGAUUUUAAUUAAUGUGUGGGGUUUAUAAAUAGAUUGAAGUAAAGUUUUCUGAAAUUGAAUUUACACUCUUUAGUUCUAAAAUUUGAAAAAUAUCCUUUGAAGUAUGCAAGUGUUAACUUUCAAUUUGUUGCUGUUAAAGAGAUGGACCUGGUGUGUCCAAUCAAAGUCCAUUUUUAAAGCGAUUUUCUGAUGUUUUUUGUUUCAUGAUCAUCAGUAAUACCAUACUUGUCCAGCAAUAAGCCCAUGUCUGUUAAUAAGCCCACCCAUGUCUGUUACAGUUUGAUAAGAAACUUACAAUCAGCCCAAUUCUCUACUUUGAGUUAGGUAUUGGCCCCACAGGCCUAUUUUCAGGGUAAACACAAUGAUCGACCUUUCCUGUUCUGUAUGACCUUUACAUUGUAUCAAUAAGGACUUGUAUGGUGCUGAGGAUUUUCAGAGCUCAAAUUUCUGUACAUCAUUUAUGUCAUUUAGAUAAAUUUGUAAUUUUAUUUCAGGAUCACUGAUAUUAAGCUGCAGAACAGUUGCCUGUAAUAUAUUCCAUGUCUUGUAUAGUUAUCUAUAGGUUAUAACAUUAAUAUAGAGAUAUAUUCCAAUCCUUAAAUGAUAUUGUUUCAUGUCAACAUGAUGAAAAGAAAACUUUUAAAAGUUAUGUUAAAUCUGGCAUAAGUACGUCCCCCGUCCUCCAACACGUUUGUUCCUAUAAUCACCCCGACACACAAGUCUGACCCCAAAUCAUGCUGGACCAACUUUGUUCCUAUAAUCACCCCAACACACAAGUCUGACCCCAGAUCAUGCUGGACCAACUUUGUUCCUAUAAUCACCCCAACACACAAGUCUGACCCCAAAUCAUGCUGGACCAAUUUGUUCCUAUAAUCACCCCAACACACAAGUCUGACCCCAAAUCAUGCUGGACCAACUUUGUUCCUAUAAUCACCCCAACACACAAGUCUGCCCCCAAAUCAUGCUGGACCAACUUUGUUCCUAUAAUCAGCCCGACACAUAAGUCUGACCCCAAAUCAUGCUGGACCAACUUUGUUCCUAUAAUCACCCCGACACACAAGUCUGACCCCAAAUCAUGCUGGACCAACUUUGUUCCCUAUAAUCACCCCGACACACAAGUCUGACCCCAAAUCAUGCUGGACCAACUUUGUUCCCUAUAAUCACCCCGACACACAAGUCUGACCCCAAAUCAUGCUGGACCAACUUUGUUCCCUAUAAUCACCCCGACACACAAGUCUGACCCCAGAUCAUGCUGGACCAACUUUGUUCCUAUAAUCACCCCAACACACAAGUCUGACCCCAAAUCAUGCUGGACCAACUUUGUUCCUAUAAUCACCCCAACACACAAGUCUGACCCCAAAUCAUGCUGGACCAACUUUGUUCCUAUAAUCACCCCGACACAUAAGUCUUGACCCCAAUCAUGCUGGACCAAUAUUAUUGCCUGAAUUUUUUAAACAUACAAGUCGUAAAUGAUGUUGUUUAUUACCAUGUUUUGUAGCUGUGUAAUUAUAAUUGGUGACACUUUUUUUUAUUCUAUGAUAUUUCCUGUCACAACAUCCUUAUGUACCAGUAUAACCAACAUGUAUUAGGGAUACUGCUGUCUACUUGGGAGGUUUGUGUCUCCAGCCUGCUACAAUCCUGGCAGACCAAACCUAGGUUCUCUGAUGUAUGAUAUUAAUGAUGAAAGAUGUGAUAUUGUUAUAGUUGUAGGAAAACUGAGCAGACUGAGGAUAAACACAAUCUACCACAAUCUCAAAAUGAGCAUGACUGUGUACACAUGUGUAGAUCUGUCUCUGAAAUUAUUUCAAAACAUAUUCAUGAAACCUAAUGAAAUAUGAGUUUGAAAUUGCAUUUUAAUCAGAUGAUAAUUAACUGUGUUGUAGUAGAAAUAAGUUGGCCUAAGCUCUGAACUUACUCAAUGUUAAUCCUAUGGAAAAUUAACUGCUGUUCAAAACUUACACGCAAAGUAAAACUUGCCACUGAAAAAAAUCUAUAAAUUAGAUGCUGUGGCAACUUUCUGCUGAAAUAAGUAUUAAAAUUAGAUGCUAUGGACAACAUACCACAGAAAUAAGUAUAUAAGUUGGUACUGUGGACAACUUACUGCUGAAAUAAGUAUUUAAGUUACAUGCUAUGGACAACUUACUGCCGAAAUUAGUAUUUUGAAAUAGAUACUUUACAGAGUUUAACAUUAAUGGUGGACUGUUAGAUUAAGUCUUAGGUGUGGGCUGAAACAAGUACUCAAAUUAGAUGCAAAUUACAAAUUGCUACUUAAAUAUGUUUUUGAAUUAGAUGCUUUAGAAAAUGUAAUGCUUUAAUAUAAAAAGCACAUGCUAUGGACAAAUUAUCAACAAAUAAACAUUGUAAGUGUAGAUGUUAAAUGCUUCUGAUAUUUCAUCUUGCAGUAAGAAUAAAGGUUAUUAAGAGUGUGUCAGUGUAAUGAUGUUUAUAGCUAUGUCAAUGAUGUCACUGACACUGAAAAUGCAGGUCUGGCGCAUUUUAUGUCUGUUAAGGACAAGUACAUCUCUUCAGCCUCUGCUCUCCUCAGAUCAAUAUUGGAUGGGUCCAGAUCAGACAAGGAUCAGUCUAACCAAAGACUCUGAGGGGAGAUCAGGUUUCAACAACUUAUAGAUUAAUGACAAACUCUGAUUGAUUGAUGAUGUCAUUUCUUUGUUUUGUAAUUUUUUGCCAGAACUUUGAUGCUGCCCCCAUUAGUAGCUGCAAUGUGUCAGUGAUUAUCACUGUUUUAUGGGUAUUCUUAUAUGGCAAUACUAACUGGCUGUCAUUACUGAUAAAAAAUCUAAGGACAAAUUGAUGUAAUUAUCGUAUAGUGGAAUAAUGAUAGUUAUGGUAAAUAUCUUUGAGUUUUGAUGUCAAAAAAAGAACAUGUACUGUGUGAGGUUUUUUUUACCCUAACUUUUUGCCUGGAGUUGAAUUCACAAUUUCAGUUGAAACCAUAUUAAGCCAUCUCUGCUGCUAGUGAUAAUAAUGCUUGUAUAACCAUGUUGUAAAUGAAGGUACAAGCAUAUACUAAUGGAUGAAAAGGUGAUGGUUAGCGAUAAGUGUUAAUGCAAUAUUAUAUUACCUGAUUUGAUUACAUCUACCAUACAUUAUGUAAUACUUUCUGGUAAUUAUUGUAUCCAGAUGACAAUUGUGAAUACAUGUAGAUUUUUGUCUGGAGAAAAUGAAUAAAAUUACAAUUUAA